UUUUUGUGCUUGCAAGUCUGUUUAUCAUUCUAAAUUCAUUUCAAAUGGAUGGAGAAAAACAAAGAUAGAAAAACCAUCAAUCAGGUAAUAGCUGGUUCAACCCCACCGAAGAAGUUCAUAAUCUAAAGGAUAAACAUACGGACAGACUUUCCAAAGUCAAUUUCUGGUUACUGCCUCAAAAUGUUGUUUACAUUAGGACUUCUCCUCCUGACCCCAUUUGCCUCACUUCAAACCACCAAUCAGAAGAGAAAUGCCAUAGGAAAUGACUUGACUAAAACCAGUGGUGCUUUCACAGUAUCAAAACCAAAAACCAACUCUACUAACAUCAGACUGACAAGCCAGCCAACUCUCAAUCCAAACAUCAAUCAGACAAUUUUACCCACUCCUCUCCCCGACCAAAAACCUCCAGCGAUAAAUGCGACGGCAAGCACCAGAACCAAAAAACACAAGCACACAGCGUCAGUUAAUCAAACAGGCUUAGGUAGAUCCACAAAAGCCCUGAAUGAUCACUCAACAUCCACAAGAUCAGCAACAGUCAACAGCACUAAAACCACUAAAGAUAAACUUUUUGUCAAUCAGACUGCAUCUGAGAAAUUGCCUUUGUCCAACAAUGGGAAGAUUGCCAAAGUCAAGCCAGCCCUAACUGAAGUUCAAAAUGUUCAGUCAAUAUCCAUAAAGUUAACUGGUGGGACUAAAACCAACAGAAACAAGUUUAUAGCCUCUAUUAAUCAGACUGUUGUUGCGAAAUCUCCCUCCGCAGCAGAAGUGAAGAACUAUAAAGAAAGGCAAACCCCUACAGUCCAAACUCCAGCAAAGGCCUCGACUACCAACGGCUCUGCAGCUAUCAAAGAGAAAGCCAUAGGCUCCGAUCAUCAGACUGCAGCAGGCAAAGAUUUGAAGAACUCCAAAGCUAAGCCAACUCCCACAGUUCAAACUGCUACACCUGCAAAGGACUCUGCAGCAAAUGCCUCAACAUCUGCAAAACCCUGGCCCACAGCCUCUGCCGAUCCUACUGUUGUGGUCAAAUCUAUAUCAAAUGGUGAUAUGAAGAACACAAAAGACAACCCUCAGCUCACUGACCAAAAUGUACCAGAUACUUCUUCUGCUGUCAAGGAUAGUUCUCUAGCUGCUGCAGAUAUGCCACAUGUAAAUAAGACUCCCAAUACCAAAUUAAAGACUGUGAGUGCGCAGCCACUCAAGGUGGUCAUUGGGAAUGACUGUGAAUCAAGCAACAUUAAAGAGCAUGAAGUGAGCCUGAAACCUGGCACUCCGCUGGUCAUGACACAUAAGAUCAGCUUGAUGCCCGGUGCCUGUGCUGGCAGCUGUGAAAGCGAUAUGGCUGAGCUGAAAGGACGUUUAGCCAGGCUUGAGAGAGAAAUGUCUUUGCUGAAGGACAAAUGUCCAUGUUCUGCAAAUUGUCCAAAUGAUUGUAGUGGCAAUGGAGAAUGUCAAAAAGGAAAAUGCAUAUGCCAGGAAGGAUUCAUGGGUUCAGACUGCAGAAAUUGUGCUCAAGGAGCAGAGUGCCAUAAAAAAGAAAACAAAGGGAUGACAAAAGUGAACGUCAACACUAAAGUCCAGAAAGUGAACAAAGAAUUAACCACUAUCAAGGAAAACAAACCAAACACAACAAAAAUUGUACAACAGUUACAACUGGAGAAGAAGGACCAGAAGAAGGGGACUGAUGCCAAGGAGACGGUCUCUAAAUCAAAAUUAGCCACUGCUACUAGAUUAGGUCUUGCAAAGAUACAAAUCAACCCAGAUGUUUCUGAAAAGAAACAGGCAAUAAAAGGUUCCACAAAGACAACAAUCCCUUCUGUUGGCCAACUUUUGUUGAAGCAUCAAGGCAGAAAGCACGAGGAAGACCGAAAAGGCCAAACUGUGGUCUCGGGUUCAAAAAACAUUGCGUCCAUGACUAAGCCAUAUUCAAAAUCGGACCAUCUCAAAGAUGAACCCCAAGCUAACAUAACCCAGAGUGAUGUCACAAAUUUAAAUGGAACAGCAAAACGUUCAAAUAUUCUUAAUAGGAAUGUUGCAACGAAAAUAACUUUAGCUCGAAAGCACACCAAAGAGCAAUCCAUGCUCACUGAAAAUAAUUCAACUGAACCAUCAGAAUCAGUGCAAAUUAAAAAAAUUGAAGUGAACACUGUAACAAUAAACUCUGUUGAUGGAAAAACUGGAAAACAGACAGACACAGCAAAUUUGCCUUCUGUUGAAGAUGCAAAUAAAGAUGCUACCAAAUCUGGACAAGGAAGAAAAUUGAUCACUGAUGUUAGAAUGUUCCAAAAAGUUGCAUCUGUGGUUGAUGACAGAAAUUCUGAUGCAAGCAAGGCUGUAAAGGGGAGGGAUGCUGCAACAGUGCACUCUGUAGAUGGUGGAAACACUGACAAUAGCAAGACCGUAAAAGGAAGGGAUAGCGUAAAAGUACAUUCCGCUGAUGCCAAGACUGAACAAGGCAGACAUACUACCACUGUUCAGACUGUAGAUGAAAGAAAUAGAGAUGGUAGUAAGACAGGAAAAUUGAGAACUACUCAAACCUUUUACUCAAAGACUGGACAAGGCAGACAUACUGGGAACAUUGUUGAUCGUAAAAUUCAACAAGGCAAACAUACUACAACAACGCAUUAUGCUAUUGACAGAAAUACAGACACCAGCGAAACCGGGAAAGGGAAAGGGAAAGAUACCGUAUCAGAGCAUUUUGUUGAUGGCAAGAGUGGACAAGGCAGUGAUACUGUACAGUCUUCUAAUAGAAAGACUAUUCAAGGCAUACAUACUACUGCGUACUCCGUAGAUGGCAAAGCGGAACAAGGCAAACAUACUAAACUUGUGCACUCUGUUGAUGGCAAGACUGGACAAGGUAGGCAUACAACAAUCAUGCGCUCUGAUGUUGAAAAGAAAACAGAUGCGAGCAGGAUUGUAAAAGGGAGCGAAACCAUAACAGCACAUUCUAUAGAUGGCAAGAUUGGGCAAUUCAUAGAUACCAUUACUAGGCACAAUGUAGGCAAAACUGAACAAGGCAGAAGCACUGUGCACUCUGGUGAUGGCAAGAUUUCACAAGGCAAACACAGUGCAACUGUGCAUUCAGUUGACACAGAUGCUAUAAAAACUGACCAAGGUAGAUUUACCACAACAGUGCAUAAAGUUGAUGCCAAAACUGGAAAAGGAAGGGAUACUUCAACUGUGCAUUCCAUUGAUAACACGAUGAGGAGUCAAUACAGAGUGAAUGCCACUCUUACAGCCAAUUCAGACAAAUCGCAGGUUUCUCAAAGCCAAACAACUACCCAUGGCAGUUCUAUGAAAACUGCCACAAGGACAGGAGGAUUAGGAUCUGUGAAGUUGGUAAACAUCUCAUCCCACAGCUUCAUCCUUUCAUGGUCAGCACCACAAGGAAUGUUCAAGAACUUCACAGUAAUCAGAAGAGAGCCGCAAACAGACGGCAGUGAGUAUCAGGAGCUUGAAGAAGAAUUUUUCGAGGGACACAAUACUCAUAUCACAAAGAAUACAAUGGAGGUCCAGGUACUCAAGGAAAGUGCUUCCUCUUCAAGUAAAGUUGUCGCUUCAAGAAGUAAACCAGAAACCAAGAGGAUCAUGUUGGUUGUGCCUGGCAAUGUACGAUCAGUUGAAUUCAGUAACCUUCGUACAAGCACGCGCUAUGUCCUGCACAUAUAUGGCAUAGCAGCUGAUAGACGAUCCAAGAUUCACAGAGUUGUUGCAACUACAGGUCCUGAGCCAGCCGCAGAUAUGGUUUUCAGUAACAUAACUGAGACAUCACUUGUGGUCUCUUGGUCUAAACCCAAAACGACAAUCACAGGCUACAUGAUCACCUAUACUCACAUUGUCACAGGUGAGACCCAUUCAGUGAACCUGGACACCCAGCAGACCCAUUUUGUUCUUUCCAAAUUGUCUGCUGGAUCAUCAUACAUUGUAACUGUUACCACAAAACAAGGCAGAGUCCAGAGUGAUGCUCUUGUGUCCAUUAUAACCACAGUGCCUGCACCGCCAACCCACCUCAGAGCUAUCAAUGUGACGGAUACUAGAGCAGUGCUGCAAUGGACUCCAAGCAUGGGCAAGGUAGACCGUUUCAUCAUCAGCUACGAAUCUUCCAAGACUCCUAAUGUAACUGUGACAGUGAUGGUGUCUGGAAACUCAGUGGAACACCAACUGAGAGGCCUGCAGAGAGGCACCGUGUACACCGUCAAAGUCCUCAGCCAGAAGGACAGUCUUCAAAGUUUGGCCAUUACAACGUCUUUCACCACUGCCAAUGUGGUCAAAGCCAGUGAAGUGGGUGCUCGGUCUGCUCUGAUUGUUUGGAAAAGUUCCACUGUGGUUUAUCACAGCUACAGACUGAUCUACCAAGUGGUAGGAGAAGAAGCAAUGGAGCUUAUCCUGGAGCCCACCAUCACAGAGUAUAAACUGACAGGGCUCUUACCAAUGUCGCGCUAUAAUGUUCUGGUGGAAGGCGAGCGAGAUGGACAUUACACAUCAAUUGUAACCACCGAAUUCAUCACAGGGAAGCUGCGUUUCCCCUAUCCGACUGAGUGUUCUCAGGAGCUGCUAAAUGGAGCUCUUCAAUCAGGAGAGGUGAACAUCUACCCUCAGGGGAAGGAUGGCCCAGUCUACAGAGUCUACUGCGACAUGGAGACUGAUGGAGGCGGUUGGACGGUGUUCCAAAGAAGAAUAAAUGGAAAGACAGAUUUCUACCAAACCUGGAGUGAAUACAAAGCUGGGUUUGGAAACCUCAGUGAGGAGUUCUGGCUUGGAAAUGAACAUCUGCACAACUUGACCAGCAUUGGUCCCGUGAGUUUGAGAGUAGACCUGAAAUCCGGAAACGAAACGGCUUAUGCUCACUAUGCCAACUUUUCCAUUGAUUCAGAAGAGAAUAAUUUUGCCCUCACGGUAUCUGGAUACACAGGGACAGCAGGUGACUCUAUGAGGUAUCACAAUGGCCGUCCAUUCUCAACCCGGGAUAAGGACCCUGACUCUUUGGGGAUCCACUGUUCUCGGGCCUACAUGGGAGGCUGGUGGUAUAAAAACUGCUACAAAACCAACCUCAAUGGUCUUUAUGGAAUCAACACUAAUAAUCAGGGAGUCAUAUGGAUAGACUGGAAAGGUAAAGACUCCUCCAUUCCUCUGACUGAGAUGAAAUUCAGACCGUCCAGGUUCUCACCCGCGACACAUGGCUAAUGAUGAUCAAGCUCUUAAGCAAUCCAGAUGAGGGAGGAGUGUCUGCCCAGCCGAACCUGUUCAACAGUUUUUUUUUUUUUGUUUUUGUUUUUUUAAAACCCCCUACUACUGUAAAUAUGCACUGUUCCAUUCAUUUUAAAUAAAUGUUGGUCUGAUGUGGACUGGUUUUAAAUUAAACACAUACUG